GGAUGACCGCCGGGUCUUACUUUGGCAUAUGGAAGAAGCCAUCCACUCAAGAGUUAAACCAGUUCAGCUGAAAGGGGAGCAUCACUCUAAUAUCUUCUGCCUAGCUUUCAACAGUGGCAAUACGAAAGUGUUCUCUGGAGGCAAUGAUGAGCAAGUUAUACUCCAUGAUGUUGAAAGCACUGAGACCUUGGAUGUGUUUGCCCAUGAAGAUGCAGUGUACGGCCUUUCAGUGAGCCCAGUAAAUGACAACAUCUUUGCCAGUUCAUCAGAUGAUGGCCGGGUUCUUAUUUGGGACAUCCGAGAGUCUUCCCAUGGAGAGCCCUUCUGCUUGGCACACUACCCAUCAGCCUUUCACAGUGUGAUGUUUAAUCCAGUAGAACCCAGAUUACUGGCUACUGCCAACUCUAAGGAAGGUGUGGGACUCUGGGAUAUUCGUAAACCUCAGAGUUCGCUGCUCCGCUAUGGUGGAAACCUCUCCCUUCAGAGUGCCAUGAGUGUCCGGUUCAACAGCAAUGGAACCCAGCUGCUGGCACUGCGUCGGCGCCUUCCCCCGGUCCUCUACGACAUCCACUGCCGGCUGCCUGUCUUCCAGUUUGACAACCAAGGGUACUUCAACUCAUGUACUAUGAAGAGCUGCUGUUUUGCAGGUGAUCGUGAUCAGUACAUUCUUUCGGGCUCUGAUGACUUCAAUUUGUAUAUGUGGAGGAUUCCUCCAGAUCCAGAAGCAGGUGGCAUUGGCAGGGUCGUCAAUGGUGCUUUUAUGGUAUUGAAAGGUCAUCGGUCAAUUGUAAACCAAGUCCGGUUUAAUCCUCACACUUACAUGAUCUGUUCUUCUGGCGUUGAAAAGAUUAUAAAGAUCUGGAGUCCUUACAAACAGCCUGACUGCACAGGGGAUCUGGAUGGUAGAAUUGAGGAUGAUUCGCGUUGCCUCUACACUCAUGAAGAGUACAUCAGUCUUGUGUUGAACAGUGGUAGUGGUUUGUCCCAUGAUUAUGCCAACCAGUCAGUCCAGGAGGAUCCACGGAUGAUGGCGUUCUUUGACUCCCUGGUGCGCCGGGAGAUCGAGGGCUGGAGUUCUGACUCGGACAGCGACCUCAGCGAGAGCACGAUCCUGCAGCUCCAUGCGGGAGUAAGUGAACGCUCCGCUUACAGUGAGUCGGAGUCCUCCGCCUCUUUGCAUCACUCCCCACCACAUGUGGCUGAAGAGUCUGAUGAAACUGCCUAUAACUUAAGGGCCUUAAGAUCAACUGAAUCCCCCUCAGCCAGAGAAGACGUGGCUUCCCGUCAGCAGAGGCUCUCUGCACUGAGAAAGUAUCAGGAUAAACGUCUCUUGGCCCUUUCCAAUGAGUCUGAUUCUGAUGACAACACCUGUGAGGCAGAACUAGAUACAGACCUUUUCCCAAGGCCACGGUCCCCGAGUCCUGAGGAGAACGAAUCCAGCAGUUCCAGCAGCAGCAGCAGUACAGAAGAUGAAGAAGAACUGAAUGAACGACGCACAUCUAUGAGGCAACGCAAUGCACUGAGGCGCCGACAGAAGGUGCAAAAGGACGAAAGGACUAGUACGAACACGGAGAAUGUGACCCCCUACAUAGGUGAGGAUAUCUAUGAUUACCCCCAGAUCAAAGUAGAUGAUCUGUCGUCUUCUCCAGCUUCUUCACCAGAAAGGAGUUCAGCCAACAAAGAAGUUCUCAAAGAAAGGACCUCUCCUUGUUCAGACAGUGAAUCAGUGGAGAGAAAGAUUUACAAAGCUUACAAAUGGCUUCAUUAUUCUUACAUAUCAUAUUCAGCUAGUAAAGAUGGUGAGUCCUCCAGAGGAGAUGGGGAGAAUGAUGAAGGGAAACCAGGAACUAGUGGAAGGCACAGUACAGCACACUCGCUAAAUAAGGAAGAUGCUAGGAACUUGAGUUCAGUAGUUCCUCAAGGUUCCCCAGCUCUUCCUACUGAAAGCUACAACAAAGAAACUUUAAAAGAAUGUGGCUUGAUAGAAAAUUCUAGUAAUGGUCAAGCUCAUGAACGUGACAAUCAGCGGCGGAUGGAGGGUCAAGAAAACACACCUGAAGACACUAGCAGUGGAGGUAUAGAGCAUUCUUUUGAGACUAAAAAGCUCAAUGGAAAAGCUAACUGCAAAGGGCUAAAUAGUUGUACUGAAGAACCAUCAUCAAGCCAUCACUCACUGGUCCCUCCGUUCUCCACUGUUGCCAUCUGUAGCAUGUCGGGUCACUGCUCCAGAAACCAGACUGAUGACAGUGAGGAGAGGAGCCUCGACAUCUCCUGCGUUAACCACAAUAACGGCCACUUGCAUCUUCGUCCCUCGUGCUUCAACAAUGGACAGAGUUUUGGAGAGCAGGAGGCUGUGACACAAGGACUACAGGUGCACUCAAAUGCUGAUAACGGCAACCUUGGACAGAUGGGUGUGACCUUGCACAAAGACUGCUGCCUGUCUGAAAUGGACUCCAACAGCUACAAUGUGAGCACGAGAGAGGAUACUGCUGACUUGCAUCCUGCGGGCAGUGAGAGUACUCAAUCUCUUGGAGGACUGAAAAGACACAGAGCGGAGUUGGAAGAUGCAGAUUCAGAGAGUUCAUCCUUAGAAAAGAAGUUAAAAACAUGA